CAGUAGGCGACUUGCAUGAGAAACCAGAGAAUUUUUCCCCGUUCGUGAAACUAUUUCACAGACAUUCGACAGUACUGGGCCUGUUUCCGCACAUUGUCCAUUGAGUUAGGAGCGAGGCGCGCCUCUUUCUAAUCUGAUUUAAUCUUUUAAACCCUAAAGCCUAUUCACAGCGACAUACUUCUGCGGCCAUAGCCGAGGGACUGCACUCUAAAAGAGGCGACGAGGAGAAAAAGAGACCCGCUCGUUGGACGGCCUGCAGUUACAGCCGCGGUGAUAUGUUGGACUUGGUUCCGUCAAGCAGACUCGCCACUUACGGCUCUGUCACAGUAGUGACGGUCAUCAGCCUGGUUCUCCUGCGGAAGUGGAUCGCGGGUGGGGUGUGCCGCAGUCGAGUCCGCCUUGAUGGCAAGACGGUUCUCAUCACCGGCGCCAACACCGGAAUCGGCAAGGAGACUGCCCGGGAUAUGGCCUUCAGAGGGGCACGGGUGGUGAUGGCGUGCCGGGACCUGGCGCGGGCAGAGAAGGCCGCCGCGGAGAUCCGCGGCACGACGGGCAACCAGAACGUGGCGAUCCGCCAGCUGGACCUGGCGUCCCUCCGCUCCGUGCGCCAGUUUGUUGGGGAAUACGAGGCCAGCGAGGACCGACUGGACAUCCUCAUCAACAACGCUGGAGUGAUGAUGUGCCCCAAGGGGCUGACGGAGGACGGGUACGAGACCCAGCUGGCUGUCAAUCAUCUGGGGCACUUCCUGCUCACCAUCCUCCUCCUGGAGAAGCUGAAGAGCUCCGCCCCCAGCCGGGUCGUCACCGUGUCCAGCAUUGCCCACAGAGGCGGGCAGAUCCACUUUGACGAUCUCUGCUUCGAAAAGACGCCGUACGAUUCGCUGGUCAGCUACAGGCAGAGCAAACUGGCCAAUGUCCUCUUCUCCAGGGAGCUGGCUCGCAGGAUGAAAGGUACGGGGGUGACCUCCUACGCGCUGCACCCCGGCGUGAUCCGCACCGAGCUGAGCCGGCACCUGGAGCUGGGCUACCCCGUCCUGGGGGUGCUGCUGACCGUCCCGGCCUUCCUCCUGAUGAAGACCCCGUGGGAGGGCGCCCAGACCUCCAUCCACUGCGCCGUCGCCGCGGGGCUGGAGGGCAAGUCGGGCUGCUACUUCAGUGACUGUGCAGUGAAGGAGCCGGCCCCCGAGGGGUGGGACGACCUGACGGCUUUCAGGCUCUGGGAGGUCAGUGCCCGGCUGGUGGGGUACGAGGACAGAGACUGACUCCGCCCCCCCCCCCCCCCCCCCCCAGCAUCUGUCAAGGUGUGGGGGUGUGUCAGUGCCCAUGGCAUGGGUAACUUGCACAUCUGUGAGGGCACCAUUAAUGCAGAAAGAUAUGUACAAAUUUUGGAGCAACAUAUGCUGCCACCCAGACGCCGUCUUCUCCUGGGACGUCCCUGCAUUUUACAGCAGGACAACGCCAAACCACAUUCUGCCCGAAUUACAAGUGCAUGGCUGCGUGAGCAGAGAGUGCGGGUGCUAGAUUGGCCUGCCUGCAGUCCUGACCAGUCUCGGAUUGAGAAUGUGUGGCGCAUUAUGAAGCGCAAAAUGCGGCAACGAAGGCGCAGGGCCUUCGUUGUCGCAUUUUGCGCUUCAUAAUGCGCCACACAUUGUGCAGCUGAAGACCUGCAUAAUGGAAGAACGGGGGAAAAUUAUGCUUGCUAAUCUUAACCGACUGGUGUCUUCAGUGCCCAAACGCUUACUAAGUGUUAUUAAAAUAAAUGGUGAUGUUACACAGUGGUAGACACUUGACUGUCCCAACUUUUUUGGAGCGUGUUGCAGUCAUCAGAUUUUAAAUGAGUGUAUAUUUUCAAAAAACAAUUAAAUUCACAAGGUAAAACAUAAUAAUGUUCUGUUGUAGUGUUUUCAAUACAUUACAGGGUGAAUAGAAUUUACAUUAUCACUCCUUUUUGUUUUAUUUGCAUUUUCCAUACUUUCCCAACUUUUUUGGAAUUGGGGUUGUGUUUGCAUUUAUAUAAUCUUGAGUUCCUUCACAGCUGAUAGUAUUUGUUUAUUAAUAAUAUAAAUAGAAGUUUUGAUAAAUUAAUUUUCUUUUUUCUUUAAAGGCUGCGUGUAUAUUUAUGUGUAUUUCUUUGUCUUUUAGUUUGAUAAGCCUGCCUUGUAAUGGUUUUCUGGAAUGAUAAUUUCAAAAUAAGUACGAUUUUUGCAUUAAAGGCUGGUGUAAUUCCAUGGAUAUGGCGUUAUGUUUUAUAAAUUCUAAUAUCU